UUGACUGCUGCUGCUCUCACAAAUCAGACCUACCCGGCUGGCUCACCAUGUGCAUCUCCCACGCGAUUCUCCCACUCGUCACCUGCACGCUGCUGCUCCUCGCCUCCACCUCAGGGGAAGGCCAGCUUCACAAGGCCCACGAAAACACACCUGAUAUGGAGAGCAUGGACAGCCAGGCAGUUCUGCUUCUGGAGGCUGUGAAGACAGGGAUCCUCAGCUCUUUGGGUAUGGACGUGGAGCCCAGACUGACCCAAAAGGCCUCGAAAAAGGAGCUUAGGGAGAUGUAUCAGCUCUACAGGAGAAAAAUAAGGGAGAUAAGAGGAAAUUCCAGCCAGCCAAUGGGGGAAAACUCGCAAUCCACCAUGUCCACUGUGCUCUUUCCAGUUUCACCAGUUAUAGCGCUUCGGAGGGGUUCACGGUCAGGUCCAAGCAUGCGGUGGUACAGAGCUGUUUUCCAAAAGAAUACGAAUAUUCAGAAUGACUUGACUGUAGCUCGAGCAGAGCUGAAGAUUUCCAGACAGGUUCUGGGUAAACUCACUUCAGUCAGGCCUGAAGCAAGGGAGGAGAUUAAAAUUAAAGUCAAUGGGGGAAAGCCAGCAGUGUGGCCGGCUGCCUGGACUGACUCUGUAGCCCAAACUAAUAUCUCAAACAUUCAAGAUGCGUACCUGGACAUCAUCCCAGAGGUAGAGAAGUGGUUCAAGACUAAUGGGAAGCCACUGGUUGUGGAUGUAGGGGUGGCUAACAGAGGGGCCCUCAAGCCGAUCUUUUCUCUGGAAUUAGACCUCACACAAGCCAACCCCGCGCAGAGGACGAGGCAGCGUCGCUCCAACAAGGAAGAUGACUGUGCUGAACCAGGAUGGUGCUGCCGGAAGUCAGUCACCGUGUCCUUCGAAGACAUCGGCUGGACAGACUGGGUUGUAGCCCCAGUCGAAUACACCAUGCAUUUUUGCGACGGCACCUGCCCCCACAACUACAAGCCGGCAAGCAUGCACACUCAGGUCAAGUCUCGGCUGCACCAGAUCACCAAAGGAGGGACACCUCAUCCCUGUUGCGUGCCGGCAGCCUACGAGCCCAUGGUCCUCAUGCACUACGACAGCAGGGGAAAAUUGACACUGACUACUUUCACUGACUUUAUUGUCAGUAAAUGUUACUGUGCCUGAGGAGAAAAUGCAACCAACCACUUCUUCAAAAUUUAAAGAAGUGUAUUUUCUGGAGUGUGUUGUCUUUUUUUUUUUUUAAGCGUUACAUACACAAAAACACAAAAAACAAAGGUUUUCAAUGAGUAUUAACGAAGCAAUUACAUUUAAAAUCAGAGUUAUGCAUUAGUUUAAAAAGCAAAAAUACCUGUGCUUGUAAACAUUUUCUAUUAGUUAUUUAUUUAAGUCUAUUUAUGGUACUGUUUGUGUUGCCUUGUUUUUGAUUUGUUACAUCAUUAUUUAGUACUAUUUAAUAUUUAAUUGCACUGGAUUGUCUGAUUCUGUGAGUUUCUUUUUUUUUGUAUUUUGGUUGAUGUCUUAUACAUUUCCAUUCAUAUGGAAAUACCAAAUGCUGAACUGCUGCACUUAAAGUUGUGAUAAUAAAA